CGGGCGGAUGGCGGGGCGCGGGGAUCCCGGCGACGGCGAGCCCCGAUGAGGCCCGCGCGCCCCCGGCCCGAUGGCGGCGCCGCCCCGGGAGCCGGCGCGCAACGGCUCGCAGCCGCCGACGCUGACGCCGGCCGUGCCCCCCGACGUGACGCUGGGGCUCACGGCCGUCUACACCGCCUUCUACGCGCUGCUCUUCGCCUUCGUGUACGCGCAGCUGUGGCUGGCGCUGCGCCAUGGCCACAAGCGGCUGAGCUACCGCAGCGUCUUCCUCUUCCUGUGCCUGCUCUGGGCCUCGCUGCGCACCGUGCUCUUCUCCUUCUACUUCCGGGACUUCGUGGCGGCCAACGCGCUCGGCCCCUUCGUCUUCUGGCUGCUCUACUGCCUGCCCGUGUGCCUGCAGUUCUUCACGCUCACGCUCAUGAACCUCUACUUCGCGCAGGUGAUUUUCAAAGCCAAGUCCAAGUAUUCUCCAGAAUUACUGAAAUACCGGCUGCCCCUCUACCUGGCCUCGAUCUUCAUCAGCCUCAUUUUCCUGCUGGUGAACCUGACCUGCGCGUUGCUGGUGAAGACGGGACACUGGGAGAGGAAGGUGAUCGUGUCCGUGCGCGUGGCCAUCAAUGACACGCUCUUCGUGCUGUGUGCCAUCUCGCUCUCCAUCUGCCUCUACAAAAUCUCCAAGAUGUCCUUAGCCAACAUCUACUUGGAGUCCAAGGGCUCCUCCGUGUGUCAGGUGACAGCCGUCGGGGUCACCGUCAUCCUGCUGUACACCUCGCGAGCCUGCUACAACCUGGUCAUCUUGUCCUUCUCUCAAAUCAAGAACGCCCACUCCUUUGACUAUGACUGGUACAACGUAUCCGACCAGGCAGACCUGAAGAACCAGCUGGGCGAUGCCGGCUAUGUGGUGUUUGGAGUGGUGCUCUUUGUGUGGGAACUCUUGCCCACCACCUUGGUCGUUUACUUCUUCCGAGUUAGAAAUCCUGCAAAGGACCUUUCCAGCCCAACGAUGGUCCCCAGCCACGGAUUCAGUCCCCGAUCUUACUUCUUUGACAACCCUCGAAGAUAUGACAGUGACGACGACCUUGCCUGGAACAUCGCACCUCAGGGACUUCAGGGAAGUUUUGCUCCAGACUACUAUGACUGGGGACAGCAAGCCCACAACUUCCUGGCGCCAGCAGGGGCUCUGCCACCCGAUCCUGGUGCGGAUCCUGACAGAGCUGGCCUCGGUUAGCGGCGCGGCAACAGCUGCUCAGAACAUUCCUGUGGAGAAACUGCAGAAAGUGGGAGUGACAGCUUAAGUUUUAGGGCAUUUUCCUUGAGAAACAGGACUGGUACUUGUUACAGGUUUCUAAUGGCUUUAUAGGACUAAGCAAUACUUUAAAUUGAAAAUCCUUUAUUUUAGUACUAAUAAGUGAGCCUAUUUCUGUGGGUAUAAUUUAAACUUUUUAAACAGACUCUGUACUUUUUAUAAAGAUGUAUUUUAUAUAACUUAAGUAAUAAUACUAAAGUAUACUAAGGUUUUUUUUCCUUCAGAAUGUCAUGUAGUUUGCACACUUAUGCAUAAUUCACUUUAAAAGUAUAGAAUAUAUGGUCUAACUGUUUAUUA